CCACUCUCGGCUUUUCCUAGCUCUGGUUGAUAUUCCCCAGCUUUAUUUGAUGCGAGAUCGCGGCCGACCUCAUUCCAUUUUCAAAAAGCGACCACCGGCGCACCAGCCAUUUCCACCAUUUUCAUCGAGCGCAAAAACGAAAAUCACCACCUGUAGCCGUUUUGUAAAAGAGGAAAUAGAAGCAGUUUUGGUACAAAUUGGAGGUGGAAAGGCAACACUGUCCUCACAGAAGAAGGCUCUAGUACUUUGCAGCGGGGGCCCCAACAACACCGAGAAAUUUUUGUUGAAGCGGAUCUCCGUUCUUGCCGGUUCUACUCCGAAUCUUUGGCAGAUAGUACAGCCAGUUCUGAGUAUUAUGCCUGGUGCAGCAGUUCCGGGGGUGGAGGACCGAAGUAGAUUUUUGGGGAGACGCAUCAACUACACUGAAGACGAGAAGACCUCCUCUACUGCGAGCACUAGUGGAAGAACUACCACUGCAAGAACCACGACCAGGACGAACACUAGUAGCAACUACCCCCGGCCGCACUUGAUAUAAAAGUUCUGCCGUUGCAUCUUGCGUUUCUCGAACAUGAUGUUUGGUACGCCUCCUGUACUAGCAGCUGCGACGACCACCCCGGCCGGCAAACCACGGAAGAGAAGCUGACAAGCUAUAAAUAAUUACUUUCCGACAGGAGCAUCGUCUCUACUUUUUGUCACGGCACGCCGCUGCAACAAACUCUAUCACGGAAACAGUGGCGCAGAUUCUCCUCCGGUUGAACUACAAGCAAGAGUGAAUAAAACUUCUUCCGUAGAAGACCGAAGUAAGUGUAGUCUGAAACAAGAAGAACAAACGGGCUUCAUCCUCCUGCUAGAAAGCAAUAUUUAAAGAUGGCGUCCUCCAGUACCAGCUUCGAGCAAAAGUACAGCAAGCUGGACCGGAAUCCGCUCGGGGAGGGGACGUACGGCGAGGUGUUUCGGGUGCGAAACUAUUGAGAGGAAAAAUCCCCCCUCCCCAUAUCGAAAAGGCAUGCUUCCGAAAAUUUGUCUUGCUGAUUUGAGACCACAAAUCGCGUCCGUCUUGCAAGAAGACAAACGCAGAGGCUUCCGCGCCAUUAUGGAAGCGAUUUGGCAUGCUGUUGGGCCUAGAGAGCAGCCGUUUGUAAUGCUAAGCACCUAGACCCAAAUGUCCCCCCCUAGGCUGCGAAUCUGGCCGCGAUGCCGUAUUGCAAGACAGCGCGCAUUUGUGUACACAAAUCCUGCAUCACAGAUUUCCCAUUUGAUAUGGGGUGGGGGCUUUUUUCAUUUUGAUAGAAACACGGUAACCGGAGAGACGGUGGCGAUGAAGCGCAUGAAGUUGCAAGAUGAGGAGGAAUAUGCAUUGUAAAAGUACAUCGUACUAGUAUGACAACUCGCAUGACAAAUUUUGCCAAGAAGAAGAGUGCAAUUUGUCCUGGAGAUUCAGGUUAGAAGCUAGAUCUGUCAUGCAUUGUUGCGAUUAGUACGAGUGCGAGGAUACUUUUGCAAUGCAUAAGGAAGGGGUGCCCAGCACAGCGAUCCGGGAAGUGGCCAUUUUGAAGGAGCUGGAUCACCCAAAUGUGGUGAAGCUUCUGGACGUGUGCUGCACGCAGAACAAGCUGCUCCUGAUCUUCGAGUUCGUGGAUAGCGAUCUCAAGAAGUAUUGAUCGACUUUUUGAUAUUUAGAAAUUCGUUUCCUUUGCAUGGAAAAGGAAUAGCAAUACAGAUGUUUUUUGAGGCUACGCUAUGCAUUGGGAAAAAAGUUGUGCGAAACACUCAAGCAGAAUCGUUCGAAAGUGUUAAGCACUGCAGCAUUUGGAAUAACCCAUUCGCGAAUCACUUAGGCAAAACCGACAUGCGAAUUUGUUAAUAAGCACCGCAGGAGCACUUCUUAGGUCAACAAGUCGUGCGAGGAACGUACUAGACAGACGAGUGCUUCUGCAAGAGCCUGAAAAUCUUCGACUGCGUAAAAAACAACCACAAAUUAUCUACCACCAGGUACAUGCGCAAGAACGGCAGUGGGCCACUACCCUCCGAAACUGCGAGGAGUUUCGUGCAGCAGAUGCUGAAGGGGAUUUGCUUCUGCCACGAGAGAAGGAUCAUCCAUCGCGACUUGAAGCCGCAAAACCUCCUCGUAACGCACAACAACCAAUUGAAGCUAGCGGAUUUCGGACUCGCCAGGACUUACUCCGUGCCGAUGCCAAAGUACUAGAUGAUGCGGGGCAGCACUAGAUAAUUUUAUUUCUGAUGCGGGGCAUUAUAUCCUAGUGCAGUUGCAGUUUACCUUUACUCUGUCAUGCAGAUUUGCAUUUGACUAUGAAAAUCCAAUUAAUACGAACUAAGUGUAAGUACACAUUCACAUCAGGUACACCCACGAGGUUGUCACGGUCUGGUACCGAUCACCGGAAAUCUUGCUCGGGCAGGAACCUACGGAUUGCAAAACAUCUCGUCGGGACGAGUAGUCUGGAAAGGUGUGAUGCUAUAAUUGUGGAGAACUUUUGUGGAAACAUAAAGUUUCAGUUUGUAAAAGUUUGAACUGCAAGAUCGAGCGUGAGAAGUUCUUGUGCGUAUAAUGUACGCUCGCUGCUGAAACUUGCGGAUGACAAGAUGAAACAAAUGUCCCUUGUUGCAUGAAAGAAAGUGUUGUGCUUUGCUGGAUGGCACUGCAGCUUUCACAAAAUUUUUUUCUGCAAAAGAGUUGACCAUCUGAAAUAGUACUACACACAAAGAUUAUUUUGCAUUUGCCGCUUUUUUGCUUUCCAGACUCCGCCGGAGCGAAGAAGGUGUGUGCAGUUGAUAAAACUCUACGCGUUACCCGUGGACCUCUGGUCCGUCGGCUGCAUUUUUGCGGAAAUGGGGUGUGGCCAGCCGCUCUUCGCCGGUGACAGCGAAAUCGACACGAUCUUCAAAAUUUUCCAGAAACUCGGCACCCCGAGCGAGGAGGAGUGGGCGACCAUGUACGAACUCCCCAACAUGAAGAGCACAUUCCCGAAAUGGAAAAAGAAGCCGUAUUUGUUGAUAUUAGUUUGGGACGAUGCAAUCCUAUCUUUGGAAUUUUUCAUGUCUGAUUUGUUUGCCAUUUUCCAUACUUAUCCGUUGUUGUGAUGGAUGUCUCUGUAUCGAACAACAAACCGCUUGUUCACAGAUGGCCACAAAUACGCGACUUGGGCACCACCCUGGGAAUGCAGGCCUGCGAUCUGAUCGAAGACAUCAUGAAAUAUGACCCGUAUCCUGAGUAAAAACGUACCCACACCAGAGUCAAGAUGGGAAAUCUGCUAGACAAAUCAACCAGCUUUCGCUGUUUCGCAUGACAAGUUUGCCCUCAUAGUGUGAUUCUGUUUCGCUAGUUCAGCAGCAUCACAGAUUUGGCAAAUCAUGCUGAUUGUAGCAUCACAAACUCCAAAAUAAGAGUAGAAAAUGCUUCUCGUGGGGGUCCGCAUGAGAAACUUUUUUGGCAUGCAGAUUUGCAUGACAACUCUGGUGUGGGGACAUUUUUACUCAGGAUAACCCGAUGCAGAGACUCAGUGCCAAGCAGUGUCUGCGCCAUCCGUACUUCAAUAGCAUCCCUUUCGCCUGUAUGCAAUGUAAAUUUCCCGUACAUGUACAAAAUGCAUGACAAAUUUCGCUAACUUGCAGUGUCCAACUUGUCAUGCUAGACUAGGAUUGAAGGCAAGUUUUGUCAUGCAGAGACGGCAUUUGUACGUGUACGGGAAAUUUACUGUGGAUAGCCUGACCGCCUGACGCGCUGGUGCGUAGUAAGUAAGAAGAAGAAUGAAGAGCGUGGUCGUCCGAGCUAUCUUAUGCAUGGCUGCGUGAUGCUGAUUCUGAUAUUGACAAAAAGUUUAGAUUCGGGAGAUAAAAACAGUGGGUGUUUCGAUUUGUCAUUUUGGAUUAAAGAUACAAUAGUUGUUGAGCCAGGGGAUCGAUGAUGUGCAGGGAGGUGUAGUUGUGUAAAAUCUAAUCAUCUACCUAUCGUCGACGCCGUGCCUAUGCAGUAGAGUACGACAAAUUUUGACUCACACGACUUUCUAGGCUACUUAUGGGCAGAGCAUCUUACUGUUCACGGUUGCUAUGCAAGUUGUUCAUGUGGAUAAAAUAAAUUAGAGCAAACCACAAGACGAUGUUCCCCUAGACCCUACAUAGCAGACGAAACAGAAUAUGACUUCUAGAAGAGAGAAAGGAUAAAAACCUGCACCAAUUCUCUUCUCGGCUAAGUAACUAUCGAAAAGAACCGUGUCGCGCCGGUCGUGAGCGGCCUCAAGAACGUUGUCGCAAUAUCAGCGGGUGGACAGAAAUAUAUAAUAGAAGUAGUCCCGCCCUGACUCAUCUACUUACUCUGUUACACAUUUCUUGUGUUGACGUGCUGCUAUUUCAACUCCUCGGGAGUGAGGCGGCGCAUGACCAACCACAGAAAGCAACGCAUCUGCACAGGCUUCAAUUUUCAUCUGAGAUUUUCCUACUACUCGCAAGGGAGCUCUACAGUAGGGUGGGUAAGGUAGACGUAGACGAGUACUACGCAAAAAGAAAAACAACUGGCGUCCCGAGCAUAGAUUCAAUAUCAAAUAGCAAACUGCAUAUUAUGGUGGCAUGGUAUUGUGCCGACUGUCUUUCUGAAUGAGACUAAGUACGUUGUUGACCCUCGUUUGCGCUAUCGGGCAAAUGCGGGAGCAUAACUAAAUUCUUUUUUUCAAAUUAAAAUUAUAGAAAAGAAUUUGCUCUGCAUAAAUCUUGCGCUUUGCGUAAAAAGUCUUGCGCGGCUCCUCAUCGCGGUCGAGAUUUUUCCAUCGUCACUAGGUUUUUGUGCCUGGAACAAAAUAAUAAUGACAACUCCGUCUUCAACCUGACGCAGUCUAUGCAUAUGCAAAAUCCCCCUGCUCGAACAAGCGUCUUGAAAAUAGAAUUACGCUUGCUAGCCCCCCCAGCGCAGACGAUGCAGAUGAAGUUAUCUCGCCUGUCACUAGUACACUAUUCGCAGAGCAGAGCAUUUUUUUUAUCACAACCUCGUAAGUGCUGCGAGCUUCCUUUCUGAAUCUUUUGCAGUUUGUUUCCCCCGCAAAAGGCAGAUAUGGAAAACGGAUGAAGCAGAUGUCAAAAGAACUACCUCUGCCUGGUGCGCAGGUAGGUUCUUGGGAGUGGAAAAUGAUGUGCCCAAAGAAAAGGCUCAGAUACUAAAGAUUCCUUGUGCAAGAUCAUUUGAUAAGACUCCUUCCAGUAGACUGGAUGUCGACCUUUAAAAAUAAGUAUCACGACGACGAAAACUGUAUUAUCUAGGUACAUUUUGCGAUUUUUUCAAAUUUUUUCUUUAACAAGGAUCGUCUGAGCCGUGAUUUUUUACUAUUCGCACCGAUAACUAGUUCACCUACUACUGUAACUGUUGACGGCUUGUACGUAAAAUUCGCUGGAAUGAAGAUAUGACAGUUUGGGAAUGGCUCGUUGUGGACCUGAAUAAAUCUACUACAACCGAUGCAAUGAGCCACAGGACGGAGAAGUCAUUGCGUAGAUGAGCAAGAACGACAACAAGGGCAUAACAAGCUGGAGUCCUCGUCGAUAAAGAAGCCAGACAAGAAGUGCAGCUCCUGGAAUGGAUGAUUCCACGAAGUGUCCUCUGCAAGAA